GGAAAUACAUAAUCUACCAGAAAGCAGAACUACCACCAUCGUCCUCUCGCCUCUUCUUCCCUUUCUCUCUCCCAGUGUCCACACACCCGCAAAGAAAGUCUACAGCAGAAGACAUUUCUUGAUCCAGUUUCAUCUCUGUGUUUUUCGUUGUUUCUUUGAGAGACAAAAGCAAUUUACUUCUACUUACAAACCGAUCUCAAAUUCAUCCAUUAAUAUGUGUGUGCACGACACAGACAAGGAUAAUCUAAGCCAUUCAGCAGAAGAUAGCAGCGCACAGCUUGCUUCCGAUCAGAUUACUCUUUCAAAUUCUUUUCCGAUGGAUAGCAUCGGUGAGAAUGCAGUUGUUACACAUGAAAAACAGGGUAAUUUCAUCCCUGUUCUUCGAUCUGGAGACUGGUCUGAUAUCGGAAGUCGUUCAUACAUGGAGGAUACACACAUUUGCAUUCCAAAUCUAGCUCAAAAUUUCGGUGAUGAAGUCUCCCACAAAGAAAUUGUCUCAUUCUAUGGCGUGUUUGAUGGGCAUGGAGGAAAGGGGGCAUCACAUUUUGUUCGAGAUCAAUUACCAAGAAUCAUAAUUGAAGAUGCUAAUUUUCCAUUAGAGCUUGAGAAAGUUAUCAUGAGAUCAUUUAUGGAAACAGAUGCUGAAUUUGCAAAGUCAUGUUCUAUUGAACGCUCUCUAUCUUCUGGCACAACUGCUCUUACUGCUAUGAUCUUUGGGAGAUCUCUACUUGUGGCCAACGCCGGAGAUUGUAGGGCGGUUCUUUCCCGCCAUGGAUUAGCUUUGGAGAUGUCAAGAGACCACCGUCCAUGUUGUCACAAAGAAAGGACACGUGUCGAAUCUUUAGGUGGCUUCAUAGAAGAUGGCUACUUAAAUGGUCAAUUAGGUGUGACUCGAGCUAUAGGUAACUUUCACAUAAAAGGUCUGAAAGGAAUUGGUGACAAUUGUGGCCCAUUAAGUGCUGAACCGGAGGUUAAAAUGGUCACUUUGACUCAAGAAGAUGAGUUUUUGAUAAUUGGAAGUGAUGGGAUUUGGGAUGUUUUUAGGAAUCAAAAUGCUGUGGAUUUUGUUAGGAGAAGAUUGCAAGAACAUAAUGAUGUGAAGCGGUGUUGUAAGGAGAUGGUGGAGGAGGCGUUGAAGAGAGGGGCGGUGGAUAAUUUGACGGUGGUGGUUGUGUGUUUUCAGGCGGAAGUGCCGCCGCAAGUGGUGGUGGAGAGAGGUAGGGUUAGGAGGAGUAUUUCGGCGGAAGGGUUGCUUAAUAUUAAAUUCCAUCUCGACUCUUGAGGGGUAAAAUGGUCUUUUUUUUCUCUUUUGUUUUUGUGUGUUGGGUAGGUUUUGUGAAUAUAUUGAUGUAGAGAAGAGAAACAAUUUGUAAAUGGAUAAUGAUUUUGUUAAUUUGAGAUGAAUAAUGUCUUAAUCACA